ACAUUCACACACACACACACUCCAGCCAAACACAAGCACUCAGGCAGGCCACCACGCAAGGAAACGCAGGUAUCAUGACCCUGCUUCAGGACAACCUCUACAACAUAUCGUCCAGCAACAUACGUCUUUUCCACAACUGAACUUAAAGGCAGAAUUCGUCUUUCUAAGAAAUGAUGAGGAAUCUCUGAGAAUCUUCAUCACACUUAACUCUUUCUCAACAACAGGGAUUGUUACAGCAAAAUGAGUAUUAAAGGAAAAAAGGCUGGAAUGGUAAUCAGCUGGCAGAAGUCAUUCUCCAUCCUGGCUCCUUGGAGGAAAGGGAAAGGAAACAAAGAUGGGGUACUGGAUAGUGAGGUCGUCCUGACAAAAAUUAAACUCUUCAGCAACUUCCACGAGAGGCUCCUGAUGGCUGACAACUCCUCCAUUUCCACAGUAUCAGUUUCCGGACAGGCCGACAGCAAAGCCUCUGAGAUGAAUUCACACCUUGAUUACAAGUCCACACAGUCUCGGAUGGAGUCCAGCUCAGAUUACUUGUCUGACAUUUUCUCAGACUCUCAGCUGCCAAGGAUGUAUAAGUUUGAGUCAGAGGACUCUGGAGUGGAGCUGCCAAGUGGAGCUAACUCACCAUCCACACCGACAGGGUCUGAGCAGAGCUUUGUUGUCCACAGUCGAGAGUCCUCCUGUGAUUCAUGCAAUCUAAACUCUGACCCUACAACUCUCACUGAUAAACUAGUCACAUAUGUACAGAGCUCUGAGGCAGAGGACUUAGUGAAGAAUCCUCUGAAUACAGCAGUGAAUACUCAAGACAAUGGGUUGAUACACUCAGAGGAAGUCGGUUCUUCAGCUAUGAUAGUAGAACUACAAAUAGGUGAGGACAUGAAGAGGGACCAGUGUAAGGCUUCAGGAAUUUGUUUUGAAGGAGAUAAAAUGACUGGACAGCUGGAGGAGAACAGUACUGUGACUGAAAGGACCAGCUUCGAGCAUAUGAGGCAAUAUGGAAUGCAAUCCUCAACAGGAGCCUCUGAUGACAUUACGGGCAAUGAGUUUGUACCAGAGCUUACAUGGACGAAUGCCACCAAUGACAGCCUGGAGGAGUACAUGGAUGAAUGCUGCAGACUUAGUGAGGCACAACAGAAGAGUUCCAACCCUCUGGGUACAGGCCUAGGUUACCUGGAGCACAUCUGCCAACUCAUUGAGAAGAUCGGUCAGCUGCAGGAGACCAACCUCCAACUGCAGAGGCAGAUCUGCAGCAUGCAGAAGAACAGCAGGAUGACGAAGACCAAAGAGGACUUUUUCCAGCAGCACUGCAGCUGUGGUGCAGCCAGCCUGACCUUCCAGGAUGUUCAUAAGAGACACUCCAGAAGUGAGUUUUUGUCACCCAGUGGAACCCUCUCUGACCUGUCCACCAUCCCUGAGGUUACUCGACAUCCGCUCAUAUCAACAAGGAGAGUCAUGAGCAGUGAGGGCUUGACACCUGUCCCAUUGUGGAAGAGAGGCCUGAACCGAAGAAGUUACACGGAGGGGGAGGUCCACUUCUUCGAGGACAGUACCGAAGGUCUCUCCAUCCCCCAGCGCAGGCUGAGUGAAAAUUACACAUGGGGGCGAGUCAAAGACCUGGUGAGAAAGACUAAGAUGAGGAACCAGAGCAGGCUGGGACUGACUUCUACUUCACUGAAGAUGUCCUGUCCACAACUCUAUGUGCCUGAUCUGUUUCCAGUAGAACCUGCUGGUAAAAAGAGGAACUCCAUGAUUGCCUUGGGCCACUAGAUCAAAUUGGACUUCCCUUGGCAACAAUAAUGAGCCAGGGAAUUGAAGAGCACCGUGAAGAUAUACGGAGAGAUGAAGACUGGAAAAGAAAAGCUAUAGAAGAAAAAGGAGGUAACUAAGAAGAAAGAAGAAACUGAGAGGAUUAAAGGAGUGGACUUGUGUAUAAGGGAUGCUGUUGAUACAUUUAAGGGAGAAUGAAAGUGUUUAUGUGAGAUUUAUUAAAUGUAUACUGUAGUGUAUAUGAGAGAUAUAAGCAGUGUCAUGAAAUUAAGAGCCUAUUAUAUGUCUAAAAUGAUCUAUACUGUGACAUAAUUUAACUGCAUUAUACAUUCUCUGUUGAUACUAGUUACACUUGUAUAGGUUGCCAUUAGGUUGCUGUAAAAUCUAACAAUCCAGCUGAUGUGAAACAUACUCAAUUGAUAACUUUUAAUUUUAUAUGACAUUGUAAAUAUGUUAUAUAGAAAUGGCAGUGUGUGUGUGUGUGUGUGUGUGCGUGUGUGAUAUAACUGGAGCGCAUGCUGAGAUAAUAUGUAUGAAGGCUGCAGGAGAUAAAUGCUGAAAAGUUCCAAGGUGUAUGAAUUAUACAUCAUGUUAACAACUGAGCUGAAGAUAACAUGUCAGAUAGGCUCUUACAUCAAACAGCAGUUUGCCUUCACAGUUACUUUCUUUCAUUUCAGCCCAUAAACAUUUGCAAAAAAACAUAUUUCUUUUGAUAUAAGCAGAAUAUACACUGUAUAUGUGGUAUGUUUCAAUAGCAUGCAGAGGUUGUGUUUGUCAUGCUAAGCUCUGUUUUAUCCUGUGUGCCAGUGUUGCGUCACAGAAAUUCUGUGGUUUUAUUUAAGACAGGAUCCAGGAAUCAUAAGUUACAGUUAUUAACUCAGGGUCAGAUUUGAAACAAAAUGGCAUGCUUCAAAUAAGGUGCUUGUUGGAUCAUCUAAUGACAAUUAUGUCCACUUUAAAGUGACUGGCCCAGUGUUUGGAGGUGUUUCCAUCAGGGUUUGAUUCACUGCAGACACACUAAAGACAUAUGGCAGUAUGAUUUUUGGGUUUAUUGGUUUUAUGCCUCACCUUCGAGUCACAAGUGUUUCUACUAUUCAGAAGAGGCAGUUUGUUUUCAGCAUUCAUAAUAUUAAAUAUAUUGUUUU